GCACAGAGUGUAUGUUACUGGGAAGAUAGACACAGCUAUGUACGAGGGACAACGCAUCACGAGUAUCAUUGCAGACAACAUCAUCUUCUUAACUAGGGACAGUGCACAGGGUGAAGUAGAUGAACAAGAAGACAUGUAAACUACAAAGAAAAGACAAAAAGGAAGUCCACAUGAUCCUGUGUAUCCAUUAGAUAUUAUACAUUUUUAUUAAUGUAUGGCCAAGCAAAAA